AUGUUAAACGUCGAGAAGAGUACACGUCGAUCCCACCAGGAUGAAAUUAUCGAAGACUCAGAACCAGAGCGGGAAUUGCAUCGGAAACGCAAAGCGAAAACGACAGCUAGACGAAUAACGUACAAUGAUUUAUCUACCUCUGAAAUGGGUCAACAACCUCUUCUCAACCCUCUUCUCAAUGAAGUCAUUGAAAUUUCUGAUUCAGACUCUGAACCGUGCAUAUCUAGCAAAGACAUUCCUACAAAUGCAGACGCGGAAAAUAACACUAUCCUCCUGGCGAUACCUCCGUCAAACAUUCUACGACCAAGGCAAAUUUUGUCUACCAAUCUUUCUCUUUCAUGCAUCCAGAAGGAAACUGAAGACUGCCCUGAAAGCUCAAACCAUCCAUCCGUCAACCAUGAAAGUCGUGAUGCCAUUAAACCCAUUCGCGUUUUGGACCCUAAACGCUUUGCUUACACCAGUACGAUAUCAACCAAAAGGAAAGACCUUCCAAAUGCUCUACAAACCGCAAGUACCAAAGAAAGACGGUUAACAAAACCUGCGACUUUCGAUUUAUCGAACGACGAUCUGUCAAAGGUUAACCAUUGUGUUUGUUGUCAAGCUUCCUGGACAGUAAGAAAAUCUGGGCCCCAGAAGUUGAUGCAUAUCCGAAGCUGUGCCAAGAAACAUGCAUUGAAAGAAGAGACCGUUCGUGUUCUAUUGCAAACAGAAGUUUCCAAAUACGUUGCUCCACUGCACUCCAAGGGCAAAUCGAAAGCUAAGGAUUCUUCCGUUGAAGCAGUCUCCUUGACUAGAAAAACAUUUCUCGAAGAAGUUUUGGGCGAGGAAUCAAAGAAAAAGAUCAAAAGCAAGCAGGUCGAAACCACCCUUGCUGAUGUCGGCGCUAUGCGCGAUAGCAUACUGGCUAGGGCGCAAAACAUUUUGAAUUCUUCAUGUCCCAAUGUACCCGAGCUCGAUAUCGGUUCCCCUAGGGUGGAGCAACCAUAUUUUUCACCUUUAUUGUCACAUCAACAUCAUGAGUCAUUAUUACCUUUGACUCAACCAUUUCUGCGCAGCUCCUUAGCUGACAUACACGGUUCUUCGGUUUCACUCUUCAACUCAAAUGUAUCACCGCCACGUGUCAAUCCAAUGUACACUGGUACAAUACAGCGAGCAAUUCACACUACUGCCUCAGGAACCUAUGGGGCCAGUCCGCCCCCAGUGGGUUCAAUACAGCCAAGUCAUUCUUCCAGUGACGUAUGGACUGCCUCAUCGAAGACCAUUCGACGCCGCAGCCGUUUAUCCUUGGAAGUGAAGAGUGAUGCGACUUCGCGAAAGGAUCACGUAGCUGACCUUGUCGAUUCACUCGAAAAGGUUUCGUUGAGUUCUCCAUCUCCAUCUACAAGUUCUUCUCUGGAUAGAGCACCGUCGACACUAGACAUUCAAGCAACGACGAAGGCACCCAAAAAAGUAAGAAGAGUAUCCAAAUCGCGUUCCCCUAAAUCUUCUGCAAAGAAGAAAAAGAAAGCUGUCGAUUUUGGCGCUAAAUGGAAAGCACAUAUGAUAAAAUACAUUACGCAGGAUAUUGCCCUUUACCAACGUAUUCUACGCUAUGAGCCGAUCCACUUCGAUAUUUUUCUAGAAAUUGCCGCGCUCUAUACACCUGUCAAUUCGAAGACAAAGCAAAAAACACACAUGUUUCUCGAUGAACAGGCAAUCCUGACUUACGGGAGAGCUGGCUGGGGCUCACGCGGUCUGUAA